GCUUCGGUGGGACCUUCGAGCACUGCCUGAGCUUCGAGGUCGGUGAGGAGUUUCGGGUCCUGCGAUGGAGCAAGGCCGGAUGGUGGUGGGCCAAGAAAAUCAAGGGUGGCCAGCAGGGCUGGAUAUACUCCGCCCAGAUGGGACCGAAGAUGUGCACCGAGUGCCGAGAGAAGGUGAACAACCUCAAGGAGAUGAAACCCAGUGAGAUCGAGGAAGGUCCACAGCUCCCCACGGCCGAAGAGCUAGAUCGCUUUGGCGAGGAGGAGGAGGGGCUCUGGCCUCCUCUACCUCCCAUGGAUGGGCCCACGGAAGUGUGGCCGCCUUUGCCACCGGGAUCGCCCCCAAAAGGGCCGGCGGCGGAUCCCAGCCGGAGGGAGGACGACGCCUUCGAGGUGGACUACGCGCAGACGCUCAGUUUCCGUGGGGACGGGCGCGUCGUGCCCAAGCCUCAGGACUUCGACCACAUGAUGCGCCAGGCCA